CACGUUGCCAAUUUCUGAAAAACGCAUGCGCAAAUGCAAUACCGAUUGGAAUGUGGUAUGGUGGUAACAGAAGGGGCCGCGCGUGCGACCUACGCGCCUCCAGUUUAGACUAUUUUGUGAUGAGGGACGCUUAGCAUCCGAGCUGCGUCAGUGUUCGUAGCGUGUCGACGAUUCGUCUACGAUACGUUCCUGUCAUGAACGUUUCUGCUUUCCGCUGUUCUAAAAACUUUCGUUCAUUAGUGAGUUCGUGACGGUACGUGAACUGGAUGGGUGGUCAGUGAUCGUCGGCUUAUCGUGACAUUUCCUUCCGUCCACUCGUCGAUUCCGAGAAGCCUCACAUUUUCUAUCACAGCGCACUUUUACAAGUAUUAGCUACAGGUAGAGUUCAGUUAAUUCGAAAUGACGAUAAGGAAAAUUUGCUGCAUCGGUGCCGGGUACGUGGGUGGGCCUACCUGCAGUGUUAUUGCAUUGAAGUGCCCUGAUGUUCAAGUGACGGUGGUAGAUAAGAGCAAAGAAAGGAUCGCUCAAUGGAAUUCCGAGAAACUACCCAUCUACGAGCCUGGUCUGGACGAAGUGGUGAGAAAAUGUCGCGGGGAAAAUUUGUUCUUCUCCACGGACAUGGAAACGGCGAUCAAGGAGGCGGACUUGAUAUUCAUUUCUGUGAACACGCCAACGAAAACGUUUGGUAACGGUAAAGGAAGGGCGGCAGAUUUGAAGUACGUCGAGAGCGCUGCGAGAAUGAUCGCAGAAAUUGCGACCGGGGACAAAAUCGUUGUCGAGAAGAGUACUGUGCCAGUUAGGGCUGCUGAGAGCAUUAUGAACAUUUUACGUGCCAAUCACAAGCCGGGUGUCUCGUACCAGAUUUUAUCGAAUCCUGAAUUUCUGGCGGAGGGAACCGCCAUCCAGGAUUUGGUGCACGCGGAGCGCGUUUUAAUAGGCGGCGAAGACUCUCCCGAAGGACAGGCCGCCAUAGAGGAAUUGUGCAAGGUGUACGAGCACUGGAUUCCGAGGAAAAAUAUUUUAACGACCAACACGUGGAGUUCCGAGCUAUCGAAGCUGGCCGCCAAUGCUUUUUUGGCACAACGUAUAUCGAGCAUAAAUUCGCUGUCGGCGGUGUGCGAAGCCACCGGUGCCGACGUGUCCGAGGUGGCACGUGCGGUUGGCCUUGACUCGCGAAUAGGAUCGAAGUUUCUUCACGCAUCGGUCGGUUUCGGUGGCUCCUGCUUCCAAAAGGACAUUCUCAACUUGGUUUAUAUCUGCGAGUGCCUGAAUUUACCGGAAGUAGCGGCAUAUUGGCAACAGGUCAUAAACAUGAACGAAUACCAAAAGUCGAGGUUCUCCGCGAAGGUAAUAAAGUCCUUGUUCAAUACCGUCACGGACAAAAGGAUUUCUAUGCUGGGCUUCGCCUUCAAGAAAAACACCGGCGACACGCGUGAGUCACCGGCCAUUCACGUUGCUAAGACCCUGCUCGACGAGGGUGCCAUGCUUCACAUAUACGAUCCCAAGUAUCCGGGCAACUUGCCUCUCAGUUUAAAAGAUAGAGCAUCUGGCUCCAAGGUCGAAGAAACUCAAAUUAUGGAGGAUUUGACGCAUCCCAGCGUAACGAACAAUCCUGAGUAUGUAAAAAGUAGAAUCAAUAUUUAUAAGGACGCUUAUAGCGCUACAAAAGACACGCACGCUAUUGUCGUGUGUACCGAAUGGGAUGAAUUUAUAGAACUGGAUUAUAAACAAAUCUACUAUAACAUGAUGAAACCAGCGUACAUUUUCGACGGACGGAAAAUUUUGGACCACGAUAUGUUACAACAGAUAGGAUUUAUUGUUCAAACUAUUGGAAAGAAGGUUACUACAAGGACGGCAAUUUCAAGAACAUGGGGAAGCCAAACUCAAAUAUAGAUAAAGUCGCGCGGAAAAUUAGGACAAGUUCUAAUAUUUUUAAUUUAAUACAUUCUUUUAAUUAUUUACAGAAGAAGCUGUAAACAUAACGACUUUACUCAUUUCAGAAAUUUCUGUAAAUGAAUUCCUAAUCAUUUUAAUGAAAUAAGUUUCACUUUUGUGAAUAUUUAAGUUUACUAGGUUUCGAAAGCAAGCAUUGAUAUUACUACAGGAGUAUUCAAGAGUAAUUCAGUUGAACUUUAUCACUAUAAAUAUUUAAAGAAAACGUCUUUUUUUGGGACGAGUAUGUACACAAAAUACAGUGAUUAUCAGAGAUUUGCAAUGACGAACAAUCUCAGUUGCCUCAAAUAUUUGUAUAUAUUUUUUACAUACUUUGAUAGUAUGAUGUAUUAACAGCAUUCAUAAUUAUUUUAAUUAUAAUCAUAAGAACUAAUAUCUCUGACUUUUCGCCGAAAUAAGUUGCAAGUUCAAUUGCAAAUUUAUCAAUUAUGGGCAUUUACACAAUCCAAUAAAUAGUAUUCUAUAAUACCAAGCAAGAUUUUAAGUAUUUUUUCUUCUAGUGGAAUAUUGUGUACAUGCUACAAAUUUUACGAGUAUAAGUUUCGACGUAUAGUACAUUCCUGUAAAAUGUACUUGCAUAUAAAUUUUUGCAUUUUAUUAAAGAAAUAGGUUAAUAAUUAAUUGUAUAUGUUACAUACGUCAUUAUUACAAUUAAGUUAUGUCGAUAAUCCUACUUUGCAUUUUGUAAGAAAUAUUUCCUAUAGUUUAGGAUUUAAUUCUAAAUUGUAUAUCCUCAUACAAAUAUUUUUACACAUUUAAUCGAUUCCUUCUUAAUGGUUAUGCCGUUUUCAAAAGCGUGACGAUAUCUUUACUAAAGCGAUUCCUUAUCGUUCGAUGGGUAUCACUUUAGUUUUACAAGUAUUAUAAAUAUUUUUCUUCGUAGCGAUAACGUUAAGAACGAGUGAAGUAAAGCGCACGAGUAAUGUUGACAUUACAUCAUAAUUGGUAUAUGCGUGCAAAAUAUACCAUUCAUAAAAACAAUCUCGAUAAAUUAACGAAUAACUAUAUUUUUCACAAUAGUUUUACAAAAAAUCAUUUUCAAUGUAUCUAAUUAUAUGAAACUGUUAAAAAUUGUGUUUGGGCAUAAACUUGUUUCAUAUAAUAUAAUAUCUUUACUUUUCUGGUUAUAUACGGAUAAAAUUUAUAAAUAAACGUUGAUAGAAAAUUU